UGCAAGCAGCCAUGUUGCCGCGAGCUUGUUCCGGUAUGACCGCUUAGACCGCAUUCGAACGCAGCUCGUCUUUCCCAGCCCCAAACCCUGGAAGUCGCUGCCCCAUCGAUCAUGGAUCGUACAACCUGAUUCCGAACCUCCGGGCGGCCAAGCUACUGGUGGAUUGUCAUCGUCAUCGGGUACGAGGAUCUUGCUUGGGUUUAUAUCGGCCAUACCGCAGUGCAGUGCAAUUUUGAUGAACGACCUUAUUUUUCUUAUGAAAGCCAGAGACGACAGGACGCCGCUGGCUUUCGCGGAUUUCGGACUUUGGUGGCUCGCUUGUGUGGUACCAGCCUCCUCUUCCUCCUCCUCCUCUUCCUCCUCCUCCUCCUUCUCCGCCGCUUGUGGCCGCUGAAGCGCUAGCGUAGCGGCGAGCGAACUAGCCCAGUUAGCUCCGCCUUGAAGGAAAGUCGGGCUAGCUCGAUGGGCUAAAAAAAAAAAGAAAAAGAAAGAAGGGAAAACAGAAAGCAGACGAAAACCAAACCCUCAACUGGGCCAUGUUCGCGUUUUACACGCUGGAGUUCUUCUUCUUUGGAUACUCCACUCUGGAAAUCUCACCGGGGACGAUUGUUUCGUGUGAGUUGGCAAGGUCGGGACGGGGACCUCGCCGGGAAUAACUUUGGCCUGGAAGUUUUUUUCUUUUUCUUUCAACCAUAUUUUUUUUUCCCUGAACACCUCUGACGGAAGUAUUUUACGAAAAACAGAACGAUAAAAACACAAGACCCGUUGAUAAAUAUUUUUGAUACGGAAACACAACGGCCGUUUGUCGUCUCUUCGUUCGGCGGCGUACUGGCUUUAGCAUGCUAGCCACCUAGUUGGACCUUCUUUUGAAAACGACCCCAUCAGCCAGCUUUUUAUUGCUUCGUCGCCAGUGACUCUUUCGAAGAGUAACAUUAAACACGACCUCAUCAUAGUGGCAUUGUUUAUUUUUGGUGCCCCCAAAACAUGGGACGUGCACUUGAGCUAGCGAGCUAACUGCUAGCCGCCGAUGUGGGAUCCAACUUGUUGAUUCACGGGCUAUCUGACGUGUUGCUAGCGGGCUAGCACUGGGGCUUUUUUUUUUUUUUUUUACUUCGUCCCCACACCGAGCUUAAAUGUACUGAAGAGUCGCUUUUGGGUCACUGCGCCUCUGCGCCUUUUUGCAGCAACAUCAUCAACCCACUUCAAGUCAAGCCAAAAUGUCAACAAGGACCCCACUCGUGCAAGUCAUUGAAAAUUCUGGGCAGGACUCCAAGUCGUCGUCCGGUCGCUCCAGCAUGUCGCGAUGUCGGAACUCCGUCGCCACCACCACGUCGGACGAGCAGCCGCACAUCGGCAACUACCGUUUGCUGAAAACCAUCGGCAAGGGCAACUUCGCCAAAGUCAAACUGGCCCGCCACGUCCUCACCGGAAAGGAGGUGGCUGUUAAAAUCAUUGAUAAGACUCAACUGAACUCCUCCAGUUUGCAAAAGCUCUUCCGGGAGGUGAGGAUCAUGAAGCUGUUGAACCACCCCAACAUAGUUAAGCUCUUUGAGGUGAUCGAGACGGAAAAGACUUUGUACUUGGUCAUGGAGUACGCCAGUGGAGGAGAGGUGUUUGAUUACCUGGUGGCCCACGGCAGGAUGAAGGAGAAAGAAGCCCGUGCCAAAUUCCGACAGAUUGUGUCAGCAGUGCAGUAUUGCCAUCAGAAGUGUAUAGUACACCGAGACCUCAAGGCAGAGAACCUGCUCCUGGACGCCGACAUGAACAUCAAGAUCGCCGACUUUGGCUUUAGCAACGAGUUCACACUGGGGAACAAGCUGGACACCUUCUGCGGCUCCCCGCCGUACGCCGCGCCCGAGCUGUUCCAGGGCAAGAAGUACGACGGGCCCGAGGUGGACGUAUGGAGCCUGGGGGUCAUCCUCUACACGCUCGUCAGCGGCUCCCUGCCUUUCGACGGGCAGAAUCUCAAGGAACUGAGAGAGCGUGUUCUGCGCGGUAAAUACAGGAUCCCCUUCUACAUGUCCACCGACUGCGAGAACUUGCUGAAAAAGUUCCUCAUUCUCAACCCCUCCAAAAGAGGCAGCCUUGAGCAGCAGAUCAUGAGGGACCGAUGGAUGAAUGUGGGACACGAGGAGGAGGAACUCAAACCCUACAUCGAACCCCAACCAGAUUACAAGGACCCCAGGAGGACAGACAUUAUGCUGCAGAUGGGCUUCUCUCAGGAGGAGAUCCAGGACUCGGUGGUGAAUCAGAAGUACAACGACGUGAUGGCUACCUACCUGCUAUUGGAUUAUAGGAACUCUGAGCUGGAGGAGGGCGGUAUCAAGCCCCGGCCCGGAAGUGAUGUAAGCAACAUAAAUGCCCCCUCCCCGCCACACAAGGUACAGCGCAGCGUAUCGUCCAACCAGAAGCCUCAAAACCGCAGAGCUACUGACCAGGGCUCAUCGCACUCCAAGAGAGGGGGGCAAGCGGACAACCGGACCGCCGGAGAGGAUUCAGGCAGGAAAAGCUCGUCCGGCAGCUCCACCAACAAGGUGCCGGCCAGCCCGCUGGUUCCCUCGGACCGCAAGAAGAGCGCCACGCCCUCCACCAAUAGCAUCCUGUCGACUGGCACGGGUCGCAGUCGGAAUUCUCCUCUGUCCGAGAGAGCCACGCUGGGCCAGGGCGUCCAGAACGGCAAGGACAGCCUAAACACUCCGGGUUCCCGCGCCUCCACUGCCUCAGCCGCCGCCGUCCUCUCCUCCUCAUCCUCACGUCCUCACCACCGCAAGUCCUUGUCCUCCUCCAAUCAUCCGUACCCCACUGACCUGCAUGCACCGCGGCCCAGCGGCCCACCUCAGCGGGCGCCCGGCGCCUCCCCGUCGGCCCACAACAUCAGCAGCGCCGCAGUGACGGACCGCGCCAACUUCUCACGGGGGGUGGGCAUCCGCAGCACGUUCCACGCCGGCCAGCAGCGGGGGGCCCGGGACCAGCAGGGCUCGGCCUACCCCGGCGGGCCCGCCUCGCCGUCGCUAUCGCACGGCAACAGCCAGGCCCGCAGGACGCACGGCGCCACCGGCAUUUUCAGCAAGUUCACCUCAAAGUUUGUGCGCAGAAAUCUCUCGUUCAGGUUUCCAAGAAGGAGUCCGUAUGAGGGAGAGGGUCGGGAAGAGGGGAGCAGGUCCAUGCUGAGCAGCAACGUGGACAAGUCCGAGAAGACGUCCGGCGGCGUUCUCUCCUCCUCGUCCAACAAUGACGAGAAUAAUUCCUCACCGGGAUCUGGGAACACUGGCGGCACGGGCACGCCUCCCGCCAUCGCCGGUCAGAAGGACUCGGCCAAGCCGCGCUCGCUGCGCUUCACCUGGUCCAUGAAGACCACGUCGUCCAUGGAGCCCACGGAGAUGAUGCGCGAGAUCCGCAAGGUGCUCGACUCCAACAGCUGCGCCUACGAGCUGCGCGAGCGCUACAUGCUGCUGUGCAUGUCGGGCAACCCGGCGCGCGACGACUUUGUCCAGUGGGAGAUGGAAGUGUGCAAGCUGCCGCGGCUCUCCCUCAACGGCGUGCGCUUCAAGCGCAUCUCGGGCACAUCCAUCGCCUUCAAGAACAUUGCGUCCAAGAUCGCCAACGAGCUCAAACUGUGAGCGGACGGGACGGACGCCGCGUGGAUGGAUGGAUGGAUGGAUGGGUGAAUGGAUGGAUGGAUGAAUGGAUGGAUGGAUGGAUGGAUGGAUGGAUGGAUGGAUGGAUGGAUGGAUGGAUGGAUGGAUGGAUGGAUGGAGGUCUUGAGUGGGGUGGGGGUCCAUUUUGAGUAACACCAGUGGUUUGAAGCAGGGAUAGUUCUCUUUCUUUCUCCAGAUUUUGAUUCCAAGGCAUUUUCUUUCCCUCACCACUCCACUGCAUGUCGAAUCCUCACCUCGGCGCUCUUACCACUUUCUUGCUAUUUAUUCUCAGCGCAAUCCUUUAUUUUGUAUUUUUUUUGUUUGUUUCUUUCUUUCCCCGCCCAAACACUUUGGGGCGGGACAUUCUCUCGGCGGAAACUUUGUGAUGAAAUGCCGAGCCUUAUUUUGCGGGAGUUUGCCGAUUCUCUUGCAAAACGGAUGAGCGGACUGAGCCGGGGCUCUCUUGUGCGUGCAGAGACACACACACACACACCGCACACACCGCACACACAAAUGCUUUUGCCUUCUUCACCGCCUGCUCAAACUAGACCUUCCACCCCCACCUCUUGAUUUGCGUCAGGUCAGAUCAGGCCAGUUGGACUUGAAGUUAAUGCCCGAAACAAAAUUGUGUAUUCAACUUCUCUUAUUUUAUUUUUUAUUUUUUUCCUCAACACAGUAGUGCACUGGAAAAGGGGGGGGGGGUGACUGUCUAAACCACCUCCCCCCCCCCCCCUCCCCUCCCCUCCUUACACACUCAACCUCCUCAUUUGACCGGUCCCAGAGAGCGGAACACACAAGUGUCAGAACGGUCACCGAAUGACUCUCAUGUGCUUUGGAUUGGACAAUACGGUUUUGGUGUCGUUCUAAUGAUUCGGGAUUUGUAAAAUGCGUGUGGUUUUUUUCUCGUUUUCCUUUCGAUGGGGUCAUGUCAGGUGAUAUCAUUGCUGCCUUUGUUCGGUGUCGUGCACCUUUUUGACACACUUGUCGGAAACGUUCAUCAGCAAACCUCCAAAUUGAGGACUUAUUAGUGACGCUGAUGACUCCUGCCUGUACGUUUUUUUUUUUUCUUUAACCCCUCCCCUCCAACCACAGCACAUUUCAUGUUCAAAAGUCCCAACUUUAAUAUCUUUCUUUAUGCUCGUCCAGCUUGAUGAAGCAGCACACACACACACACACAUGGGGGGGGGGGGGGGGGGGGUCGAAAUGAGACAAGGGUCGGUCACUUCAUUCUAAAAUGAUGAGACACUGUUGUUUAUUUUAUUUCUAUUUUUGAGUUUUUAAAGUCAGUUGUUCUUUCACACUUGAUCAUUGUAUUAAGGUGCUGGGUAUCGUAUUCUAAUGAUUAUUCUGGCUGUUGCUGUUAUAUUUUAUCACUUUCAGGUUUUUUUUUUUUUGUUUUUUUGAUUUUAUCUCGCAUUAUUUUUGCUUUGUUUUAACGUUGCUGUAAUUUACGUUGAUUUUCCGAAAAAACGUUUUUGAGCGAACUGUAACUGUAGUGGCGGGUUGGGGGAGGGUCGGGGGAAUCCUCAGCUUCUGAAAUGUAUGUUUUUGUUUUUUUUUGUGCAAAGAUGAAAUGAUGAAAACUUAACAAUGAUAGUAAUAAAACAAUGAUAUGAUGAUCGCGUGGCCCUGGAA